UUAGUUCUAUGAACUUCAAUCAAUGAGGGCCCGUUUACAACAGCGGUGGGAACCAAAACGCUCAUGUUGUAGUUUCAUUCCGGACGGUUUUAUUGAACUCAAAAUGACGAGGUGGGCCCGAGCAAACAACGUCCAUAAACACAAAGCAGCAGACGCCACACCAUGGAAGCAGCUGAAGGCGAAUGCAGGAGAAGCAGGAACAAGAGCUGGUGGCCGACACAUCCAGCAGGGACCAGGUGUAAAGAAACACAACCCGAAAAAGAAGACACGAGAGCAUGACAGUGACGACGUGAACGGGUUUCUGGAGUAUUUAAAGCAGACCGGUCAGACAGCCCCGGACCGGGAUCUGAGGGGAGAAGUGGCAACAGCGCUGAAGAAAGACGCGAGACGAGAGAACAGACGGAUGAAGAGACAAAACACCAAAAAGGACAAUAUGAUCUGCUUCAACUGCCGGAAGCCUGGUCACGGUCUCGCUGACUGCCCAGAGGCGGAUAACGAUGAAGAGAUGGGCCGCGGGAUCUGUUAUCGGUGUGGUUCCACUGAACAUGAGAUCCAGAGAUGUCGUGCUAAAGUGGAUCCUGCCAUGGGUAAUUACCCAUAUGCCAAGUGUUUUAUCUGCGGUCAGACUGGACAUCUGUCAAAGGCCUGUCCUGAUAACCCAAAGGGACUGUAUGCUGCAGGCGGUUGCUGUCGGGUUUGUGGUUCAGUGGAACACUUUCAGAAAGAUUGUCCUGAACACCAGAACUCGACUAAUUCCAUCACCCUCGGCCGGCUGUCCAAUAGAAUCAGCGCCGACCACGAGGACGUCCAUGUGCCUGUGAAGAAAGCACAACCCAAAAAAGACAAGGUAGUGGUGUUCUGAUCCACAGCUGUUUUGAGGGGAAAUAUAGCAAUGGACUAUUUAACUGAUUGUUGCAAUUUAGAUUUGCUUUCUGCAGUUAUGGACUCACCGAUGAUUGACCGUCUUCCUCUGAUGAUUUUAGACACAAACAAAAGUGACCCUUCCUGUUUUGAGAGCAUUUACUUGCAAUUAAAGGUCCUCAUGAUGAAA